CUGUAGAGUUACGGGUGGUUGAUACAGCGGGACAUGAUGAUUUUAGUUCUCAAAGAAAAUCGGGAUAUUCGGGCGCACAUGUAGUUUUAAUGGCAUUUGCAGUCGAUUCGCGUGAGUCAUUCGAAAGUAUAUCACAGAGGUGGUUUGCUGAAGUAAAGCAAUACGCGCCAACAGCCACCGUUAUUCUGUUAGGUCUAAAGCGAGAUUCUCGUGGAGAUCCAGUGGUAAUCGAGAAAAUGAAGGAACGCGACGAGAAAUUUGUUGAUGUGCGAGAGGCAUUGCUACUCUCAUCAACAAUCUGUGCUAGAACAUACAUCGAAUGCUCAUCAUACGUGGGCGUCAAUGUACGAAAAGUAUUCGAAGAAGCUAUUCGUGGCAUUGUAGAAGAAUACGUUGAAGAAAAUUCAGAGAAUUCAUCCUUAACAUUGAAUUGCAUGAAUGGAAAACGAGGGUCGCCAUUGUGUGGGGGAGUUGUAGAAAUAAUGCAAGAAAUAAUAGGACUCGACGGGGAACUUGUGUGA